GCGCUCAGACAAGAAUUUUGCUCCGUGAUAAUAAUGAAUUGUGAAGGGAUUGCAUGGAAAGUCCGGAAAGUGUCAAACAGGUGCGCGAUCACGUCCGCGUGGGAUCAAAUACGGCCAACGGGAAGGCUCGGUGCGUACGUGACGUGAUAGCCGCGGACUCGGUUCGCCAGAGAACCGCGGGGGAGGACUUUUGACGCGCGGUGGGCUGCUCGGACGCCGGUCCUCACCUUGGGCACGGGGGGGGGGGGGGCGGGCGGAAGCUCGCGGACGAUUCCCGAUUGGCCGGUGGGAUGUCUGGGGUCUGAAGAAGCUCGCGCCUCGCACCCAAACGCCGCCGGCUCCGCGCGCGCUCGUCCGCCCCGACCACGAUGGAGAAGUCGAGCAACGGCAGCCUGGGCGUGUGGCUGGACUCCAGCGUCCAGUACAAAGUGAUCAGCACGUCGCUGCUGCUGCUGAUCUGCGCGGCGGGCCUGGCGGGCAACGCCAUGGUGGUCCUGGUGGUGCUGAGCACCAAGCACAUGCGCACCCCCACCAACUGCUACCUGGUGAGCCUGGCGGCCGCCGACCUGACGGUGCUGACGGCGGCCGGCCUGCCCGCGGCGGCCGACGGCGCUCUGGGUUCUUGGGUGUUCGGGCGCUGGGGCUGCCUGUGCAUCACCUACCUGCAGUACCUGGGCAUCAACGCGUCGUCGUGCUCCAUCGCCGCCUUCACCGUGGAGCGCUACAUCGCCAUCUGCCACCCCAUCAAGGCGCAGUUCCUGUGCACGCUGUCCCGCGCCAAGAAGAUCAUCGCGCUGGUCUGGACGCUGACCUCCGCCUACUGCGUCGUGUGGUUCUACCUGGCCGACCUGCAGGUGCUGGUCUACGACAACGCCGCGGUGACGGCGUGCGGCUACCGCGUGCCCAGGAAGUUCUACCUGCCCGUCUACUUCUUCGACUUCGGGGCCUUCUUCGCGGUGCCGCUGCUGCUGAGCGCCGUGCUGUACGGCCUCAUCGGCCGCAUCCUCUACCGCGACCCGCCGCCCUCCGACCCCAGGGAGCCGCGGCGGGGGCGCGGCGACGGGGGCUGCGGGGACCCGCGGCGCUCCAGCUCCACCGCGGCCUCGCGGAGGCAGGUGACCAAGAUGCUGGCGGUGGUGGUGGCCCUGUUCGCCGCGCUGUGGACGCCGUACCGCACCCUGGUGGUGGUCAACUCCUUCCUGGACCGGCCCUACCUCGACGGCUGGUUCCUGCUCUUCUGCCGGGUCUGCGUGUACCUCAACAGCGCCGUCAACCCGCUCAUCUACAACGCCAUGUCGCAGAAGUUCCGCGCCGCCUUCCUCAAGAUCUGCCGCUGCGGCCGCGGGGGCGCCGGCGCGCCGGCCGGCGCCCGCGGCGCCGAGUUGGCCUACAGCGCCGUCAAGGGGUCGUCGGUCGCCGCCGACGCGGAGGAGGUCACCGUCGUCACCGACGAGCUGCUUCCGGAGCGCGAGGCCGUCUCGGGCGGAUCCUCGUCGUCUCCGUCCUGCCGCAAAGUGGACUUCGAGAUGGAGGCUUGACACGGUGGACGUUUU